GGAAACAUCGCAAGAUCGAGAGUGUAAAAAGUUGCUUAAAACUUUCACAUUAAACGACGAACAGAUAUCAUUUUCUUAUUAAUUUCCCUUUUCUUCCUCAUUCACCUGAGGAAUAAUAAUACCUGAAAGAACGAGAGAAGGAACAAAAGCAGCAAUAUUUCUCUUUAAACGAUUAACCUCUUCUUCCUCUCUCUCUCUCUCUCUCUCUCUUUCUCUCUCUCGGACAUUGAUCGGAUCGGAUCUAGAACAACUCGUCAAAGAAAAAGAAGAGAUUUUUCGAUCGACGUCAAAAAAAGCUGCUUUUUCACUUCGCUUUUCCUCCACUGAGAGAUAAAUUUCUUCAAACGUACGACUGAUUUGUCUAUCACCAGGAAUUGUGUCGAACACCUUCAAUGGAUUCCUCAGUCGAUUACGUUGGUUCAUCGUCCAAAACCAGAAGCACUCAAGCUAAGUCCAAAUGCUCCGUUACAUCUUUUUCUAUCGAUUCCAGAUACACAGUAGGCACCAAGAAAUCGGAACCGCCGUUGAAGAUGUCAACACCAGAAACUUCCCGCGAAGUUUUGGAAAUCUCCGAAUCCUCUGUUUCAGCUGAAUCUGAAACACCAAUCUCGAUUAUACGGAUGAAGAAACAAUCGGAGCCGAGGUUUUACCCUAGCCCAACCAACACUUUCUACACAGCGCCACUCUACGCAGAAGCCAAACAAAGCUUCACCAACACAGAGCUCAGCGAGUGCGCAAGCACAAUCGGCGUAGGCGGAAUCGAUCUGGAGAAGACGGGUGUAUUGACAUACAGAGGAAGCACGGGGAGUGACGUCAGCGACGAGAGCAGCUCGAGCGGGUUGAGCAACGCGGCUUACAAGCCGCACAGAGCCAAUAACGACAAGCGUUGGGUCGCGAUUCAGGAGGUUCGAACCCGGGUCGGGUCGUCUCUGGAGGCUAAAGAUUUCAAGCUGAUAAAACGGCUGGGAGGAGGUGACAUCGGGAACGUUUUCUUAGCGGAGCUGAUCGGAACAGGGGCGAGUUUCGCCGUGAAAGUUAUGGAGAAAGCAGCGAUUGCAGCGAGGAAGAAGCUUCUCAGGGCUCAAACGGAGAGAGAGAUUCUCCAGUCGUUGGACCACCCGUUCUUGCCUACGCUUUACUCUCACUUCGAAACGGAGAAUCAUUCGUGUCUUGUCAUGGAGUUCUGCCCCGGUGGUGAUUUACAUUCUCUCCGGCAAAAACAGCCCGGAAAAUACUUCACUGAGCACGCCGCUAGAUUCUACGUUGCUGAAGUUCUUCUUGCCAUGGAGUAUCUACACAUGCUUGGGAUCAUAUACAGAGACCUAAAGCCUGAGAAUGUUUUAGUCCGUGAAGAUGGACACAUAAUGCUAUCGGAUUUCGACCUUUCCCUGAGAUGUGCGGUCUCUCCAACCCUGGUCCGAUUCGCAGCAACCACAACGCUUGACUCCAAGAGCUCAGGCUACUGCAUCCAGCCGAGUUGCGUGGACAACACGAGCUGCAUCGUUCAGCCAGAUUGCAUCCAGCCAGUGUGUUUCACUCCUCGGUUCUUGUCCAAGAGCAAGAACAAGAAGAAACCGCACGAUACGACGCGCCAGGUCAGGCCGCUCCCGGAGCUGAUGGCUGAACCGACCAGCGCACGGUCCAUGUCCUUUGUUGGGACACACGAGUACUUAGCGCCAGAGAUUGUCAAAGGAGAAGGUCACGGAAGCGCGGUUGACUGGUGGACUUUCGGGAUUUUCCUUUACGAGCUUCUGUUUGGGAAAACACCGUUUAAAGGAGAAGGUAACAGAGCGACGCUGUUCAAUGUAGUUGGACAGCCUUUGAAGUUCCCUGAGCACCCGAGUGUGAGCUUUGCGGCUAGAGACUUGAUCAGAGGGUUGCUUGUGAAAGAGCCUCAGCAUCGGUUGGCUUAUAGAAGAGGAGCCACUGAGAUCAAGCAGCAUCCGUUUUUCCAGAGCGUGAACUGGGCUUUGAUCAGAUGCACCAGUCCUCCUCAGAUUCCUCAGCCGGUAAAAGUCACGGACAAUGCUCACAGUCUUCGCCAUGGUCAUGGUCAUGGUCAUAGUCAAGGACAUGGACAUGGUGGUCAUGAUAAGCCGCCUACUGUGGAUGUCAAUAACCGUCGGUCACCUAUACAGUUUGACGGAAGAGUGUUUAGCAAACGAAUGACGAAUCUCCCGGUGAGCUGGGGAGUAGGUAACACCUUCAUUUCGAUCGCUUCGCUUGUUCAACUCUCUCUCUUCUCUCUGCUUCUGCGAUACCCUAGAUUUUGGAGGGAAGAAGAGGACGUGGUACUCUUCGAUGGGGGAAGUAGAGAACAACAUCAACGCUGUGCCGGUCUCGGAAGACGAGCUCUAUGGCCGUGUUCUCAUAUUGGUGGCCACAAGUAUGCCGGAAACUUGAUUGUCUUCAGCCCUGAUUCAGCUGGAAAUAUUUCUGGCCACUGGUAUGGCUAUGUGACUCCUGAUGACGUGCCUGCAAUGCUUGAUCAGCAUAUUGCAAAAGGAGAAAUCAUACAAAACCUUUCCAGGGGACAGAUGAGGCUAAAACUCGAGGGUGAGGAAGCUGAGAAAGAGGCUGAGCAUAAACUCCCAAACGGAAACGGCAUAGUGGAACGCGAACCGGAGGAGAAGAAGGGAUUCACAGGAGGUUGCUGCCAAGGUGCAAACGGGGUAUCAUGUUGCCAGGACCAAACUCCAGAGCCGGUCAAGAAAGAAGGAACCGUGAAGCGAAACUGGUUCAGAUCGAUGGAGAAAGAAGAGCUUCUCUUGGGAGCUGCCGCAGUUGGGGCUGUCGCAACCAUAGCCGUGGCUUACAGCAUUUACAGGAGGUCAGGUUAAGAAACCGCCCCCCCCCCCCCCCCCCCCCUCCCUCUUUAUACAUUUCGAGAAGACGUUAUUACACAAAAAGUAUAAAACUUUAUUUUUGGUAGCCAUGUUAUAGCAGUAAAAGAAAUGAAAACAUAGAGGUAAAUUGUAAUGGUCUUUCCGAACCACGUAACCAUCAUUUGGUCUGUGUUGGGGUAAUAUCAGUUUGGCAAUACGGGAAUGAGAUGUAUUUUCUGCCUUUGAAUAACUAUAUAAUAAAACCUCCUCCCUCGUUUUCUGUGUGUGCCGUUUUGGCUUGGACCGAUUUGGUUUAGUUGGUUAGUUUAUGUUGAUUGCCUCUUUGUUCUACGUUAUACAUUAGCUUUGAUCAGUGAUACAAUAGCUAAACGGGAUUGUACCGGCCUAUGCAGUGAGGAACUCACAAAGACUUGAGAAGAAAAAG